AUGGAGGGGUGUGCGCAGAGGUGUGCAGAGGGGUUUGCGGAGGGUUGUGUAGAGGGGUGUAUGGAUGGGCGUGCAGGGAGGUGUGUGAAUGGGCGUGCAGGGAGGUGUGUGGAUGGGCGUGCAGAGAGGUGUGUGGAUGGGCGUGCAGGGAGGUGUGUGGAUGGGCGUGCAGGGAGGUGUGUGGAUGGGCGUGCAGAGAGGUGUGUGGAUGGGCGUGCAGGGAGGUGUGCAGAGGGGUGUGGGGCAGGGCGCCUGCAGGUGCAUGCAGAGGAGGACUUGCAGAGGUGUGUGACGGGGCAUGUGAAGCAGCCUCCUCCUCGGCAUCACUCAAGUCAUACUGGGUCUGAGUGGCCGACUGGAGUGCUGGUAGCGGUGUCAGCUGGUAAUGCGUUUCCAGCAGAUGCUACUAUGGCGUCCAGCGUUCCGCUGCAGUUGUCGAACCCAUCGACUUUGGUGGAUGGGAGGUGA